AAGAAAUUUAGACGGAAGGUAAAAAUCAGCAGGAAAAAUUAUGGGAGAACUAACAGAUGCUCCAGGCAAUGCCAGUCUUGGAGACUUGACACCGAAGCAGCUCUUGUCAAGGUUCUAUGCUUUACAGGAAGAGAGAGUGGAGACUUAUAACUUGUUUGAAGAGGGUUUUCAAGCAUACCUAAAUGGAGCUCCAAAUUAUAAUUUCCCAUUGUAUAGGCAGUUGGUUCAUGAAAUAACAGACACUUUUAACAAAAUAUCGAAAGACAUUGUACAAAUUAAGGAGAAGUUUGCCGGCCAGAACAAUCUAAUUCCAUUAUCAGAAAUUAUUGGACAGAUACAGACAUCGGAACAGACCAAGCUAGAACAGACUGUCAAACUUCAGUUAUUGAGACAGAAACAGAAAGAUGAACCCAGUGAGACAGUGGAUUCAGAGGUUGAAGAUACAAGACAAAGUAUGACAGUGGCAAAAUCUCAGCUGGUUGAAUACAUGGAGGACCUCAAGUACGAGUCGGAAGAUCUGUACACUGCCGACAUUGAACCAGAGCCAGUUGAUUCUACGCUAGUGGCAGAUAGAUGAUACCACUUCCAUUGUAAUAUUUUCACACUUAAUUGCAUGUCAUGCAUAUUAAAUAUUUUAUUCACUACAUGAUUAAAGGUUUUAGUUUUUUUGUGAACAAUGUUCUUUGUUAUCAUUGCAAAUAAGUAUCUCACAUGAUGUUUGUAAAUUAAUGAAACUAGAAGUGGUGUUUAUUUAUUUAAGUGUCAUGUAAUAUUUGA